UGAUAGUCACGUGAUUAUUUUUUUCAGCCAGGGAAACAUGUCGCGAGCAAUUCCAGUUAGCGUUUUGGGGGUUUUUGUGUUGCUGGAGGCAUGUCAUGCACAUCUCUGUCUGAUAAAUCCUACUCAAAGAGGCUCUCUUGCAGGAAUUAACAAACAAGGAAAUGACAACUGCUUCCAGAUUAAGGGUCCCUGUGGAAAACUACCAGCAAGUAAAGACAAUGUCAUCAUAAGACCAGGGCAAAUGCUGAGUGUUACUUUCCAGAAAAAUUUGGAUCAUUUUCUGAGCGCAUCACCUGGAAACUUUACUGUUGCCUUUGGGAGUGUUGCGGGUGAGAAAUUUCAGCUGCUAACCACCAUACCAGAUGAAGGGGAAAAAUCGUUGACUCUCUAUACUGCUCAAGUUAAGAUUCCGAUGGUAAAAGGAAACUAUGCCAUUCAGGUAACAUACAAUACCAAUAAUCCUAAAGCACCGCCACAGUUUUACCAGUGUGCCGAUGUUACAGUUGCAAAUCUGUAGGAGCAGCUGAAAGAAUGCUAUCGUGAUUUAUAAACAUAAGAUAUCAUCUAAACUCAGUGACAGGGAGAGAAAGAGAGAGUAUGUGUGCAUGUUUGUGUUUUCUCCUUUUUGAAUUAUUUCACUAUUUUCAUAAUUUUUUGUCAUUUGAAUCUCUAUACUUUUUGAUGUGCAUUUUAUGUACCGUUAACUAUGGGAGAGGAUGUUCUCCUCUUGAAUUCAUUAAUUUUGUUAAUUAACUUUUUUUUAAGUAUAAUGUUUUUCUUUUUCUACACCUAGUAUAUUUUUGAUAUGCAUUUGUUAUUUUCAAAAAUACUUUAAAAUACUCUGUUUGCACUUUACAUUAUUAAUUCCAGAAUUAAUAAUUAAUAUAUUAUUCCUUUAAUAAAAAUGAAGAAAAAUUUCA